GUCCGUCGCCGGGACCGGGAGUGUCGCGGGAAAGCAACGGCCGAGGAUAGGGCGCUGCGCUUGGGCUACCCAAUGCUGGGACUAUCUGCAGCCGCUGCUCGUGCAAUAUGCUGGAGCACCAGAACAGCUAAACGGAGUCGCCACACCGCUGCCUGGGCUGGAUCGCAGCGCUGCCUUUCCUUAUGAAGAAGACACAAACUUGGAUUAUCACUUGCAUUUAUCUUCAACUGCUCCUACUUAAUCCUCUCGUCAAAACUAAGGAGAUCUGCGGGAACCCUGUGACUGAUAAUGUAAAAGACAUCACAAAAUUGGUGGCAAAUCUUCCAAAUGACUAUAUGAUAACCCUCAACUAUGUCACCGGAAUGGAUGUCUUGCCCAGUCACUGUUGGUUACGAGAUAUGGUAAUACAGUUGUCACUCAGCUUGACUGACCUUCUGGACAAGUUUUCAAAUAUUUCCGAAGGCUUGAGCAAUUACUCCAUCAUAGACAAGCUUACGAAGAUAGUGGAUGACCUUGUGGAAUGUAUGGAAGAAAAUGCACCUAAGAAUGUAAAAGAAUCACCGAAGAGGCAAGAACCCAGGCUCUUCACUCCUGAAGAAUUCUUUAGUAUUUUCAAUAGAUCCAUUGAUGCUUUCAAGGACUUUACGGUGGCAGCUGACACCAGUGAUUGUGUGCUUUCAUCAACAUUAGGUCCCGAGAAAGAUUCCAGAGUCAGUGUCACAAAACCAUUUAUGUUACCCCCUGUUGCAGCCAGCUCCCUUAGGAAUGACAGCAGCAGUAGCAGUAAUAGGAAAGCCGCAAAGUCCACUGAAGACCCCGGCCUACAAUGGACAGCCAUGGCAUUGCCGGCACUCAUUUCUCUUGUAAUUGGAUUUGCUUUUGGAGCCUUAUACUGGAAGAAGAAACAGUCAAGUCUCACAAGAGCAGGUGAAAAUAUACAGAUUAAUGAAGAAGAUAAUGAGAUAAGUAUGUUGCAACAAAAAGAGAGAGAGUUUCAGGAGGUGUAAUUGUGGAUGUAUCAACAUUGUUACCUUCGCACAGUGGCUGGUGACAGUUCAUGUUUGCUUCAUAAAUGAAGCAGCUUUAAACAAACUCCUAUUCUGUCUGAAGUGACAGCCCUCAUCUUUGUCUGGUCUUGCUACCCAUGACUUUGUAUGGUUGAUUCAGAAGUGGGAGCAGAGCGUUUGGCUGCGAACCUGGCACUGAAUUUGUCAUCUAGAAAGAAGAAUUUACAUGGAGCAGGACUCUGGAGGUUUCGAAAGUGAUGAUGGGAAGGAAGGAACGCGUGUCUAGUCCGCUUGCGCCAUUUGAAGGGCUUGGGAAAUGCCCACACAGCUUCGGUCUUCAGUUACAACCUGCAGCCUGUAGUUAAUUCUGGACCCUGCAAGUAGAUCUCAGCCUGGAUAUUGGGGGUGAGGGAGACUUUUUUUUCACAAAGGGAUGUAGAAAACAGUUUUAAGAACAAUAAUUCCGUAGCAUCAGCCACUGUAUGGAGUUGAAAGCCAUGGGGAGCAUGUUUUGUUUUUGGAAGCAGGCAUAUCUGCUCUGUGGUUGUGAUUAGCAAGAGGAGCCAAAGCUUUGGCUCUUCUUGACCGAAACCAUGUGCACCACAUCCCGCCAGGAAAAUGGACAUGGUGGGCUGGUUCAUACCGCAGAAGCCCUGGACUGAAGUGGGAUGCCAUGGUGUAUGGAAGACUCCAGUGCAGUCGCCGCAGCCGAAAAAGCUGUUGCCAUGGACCAGCGGAAGAACGUGCCAAGAAAGACAUUUGGCCCCUAAUGAAGCCGGUCUUUUCCCUUGACCGUCGCUCUAGAGUGUGUGAUUCGUGUUUGCAAAACUAAAAUGUGACACGUUUAGGUUUAGAAACUACCGCAGAGCUAUGAAAGCAGACUUGGGAGAAUAUGCUGAAUGUGUAAGGGUCCCGUUGUUUUUUUUUUUUUUUUUUUUUUUUUGUUUUUUAAUUUUUAUCAUGGAAGAGAAUGAAAAUAAAUGAUGGUAUGUAGUACAUAAGGUUAGUAAUGUACACUUAAUGCUAAUAUGGGUGUUGCAAACUAAGUAACUCGGACUGUCCAAGAAUGCAAGGAACUAGAAAACUUUAGUGACUUACAGUGUAGCCAUUAUCUCCUUCAAGUAGCCAUUUUGAAAAUCAGACACUGUGUAUGCAUUAAAGUUUAUGAAAUGAAAUAAAAGGAGAGCUGUAUGUAGUUACGCCUGUCAGUUUGCUACUUCAAAUGUGUGACAGAAUUUCUCAUAGUAGACGGAAAUUGGCAGUGAACAGUGCUUUUAAAGACCAGAACUUACAAGAUGUGAUGUGGAUUCCCCUGGUCCAUUUUUGUUUUGUUUUGUUUUGUUUUUGUUUUUAAUAGAACAAUUGGCCAAAAUCAAAGAAUAACUUCUCUUCUGCUUUAAUUUCGGUGAAGGGUCUUUUCACCUACCAUAGGCAUAUACAAAACUUCAAGAUUUCAUUCUAACUUAACCCUUGUAACAGUCUUAUUUGCCCUGUACUCAAACCUCCAGACAGCUGUUUUCAAUGCCCUUAUGUGGAAGUGCAUGGGAACUUAACUGCUAGUGUCUCUACUCUCUUGAAAGUGCAUGAAAAAUUCUAGCUUACAUUCCGAGCUAGUCCAAACACAACUCCACUACCUGGCCUCUGCUCUUCUUCAUACCAAAGAAUUCAGAUGGUUUCUUUAGUUCUUAAUCUCAAACUCCAAGGUUACUCCAAUGCUAUCAUUCCCGCUACUUGAAGCCAAGUGCGUCGAGACGUUGUAUUUGCUUGUUCAAGCCCUAAGAUAGCCCAGUAAUUAGUAAUACACUAGCAAUCAAGUUAGUUACAGAAAGGACCUAUUUUGUUGUUUGGCAUUGAUUGCUUUGGGAAUAAUAAUAGAUGUAGGUUAGCACAAAUCAUAGGUGUAGGUGUAUAUAGAUUGAGACUGCUGUUAUUUCUCAGUUUCGUGGCUUGAUUUCUUGCUCUGGAAGUCACAUUUUGUUCAGGCUUAUGACAGUGCUGUUUACUGAGCUGGAGACUACAAUAAGUACAUUGGUUUUCAAAGCUAGCAGUUGGAUUUUAACACUCGAAACCACGGUCUUAAUCAAUAGUGUUGAUUAAACAAAUUUAACAGGCUAUAAAAUCUGAUGUGUAUAGGGUGGAAGAUUAAAUAGGUUGAUCCACGGAUUGCCAAUUCUCUUUAAAUACUAAGGUUCAAUAAAAUGCAUGAACAAUAGGAAAAUGCUGACCAUUAUUUUGAAUGCUAGCUGCUUGGACAUUAAUUAUGGCAUAUCUGCUUUCAGAUUAAAAAAUACAUAUCUUUGCAUAUUUUAUUCCAUAUAUGUUCUGAAUAUUUUUCUUAAAAUAUGAAAACCUCCCAACUGAGAAGAUAAAGCGUAAAACUCACCCUGAAAGUGACCCAUUUUUCCAAGAGUUCUCUUUUGUAAUGUUUAAAACUUGCUUUUCAAUGUCAACAAUCUAAGAAAUCUGCAAAGUGUAAAUUGUGUUGGAAGCUUGGUAUCCCCCGGUAGAAAUGAAGCCUGUAGCCGUACUAUCUGUGGACCAGUGGGUUGUGCUAGAAGAGUCCUGGGUUUUAUAUUGUUAUCUAACACGCUUAUCACACUGCCACGUUGUAAUGAGUCAUAGAAAAAAAUGAAUUUUUCUCUACAAUAAUAAAAAAGCUGCACUACAAAAAGUAUUGAGAAAAAGUGGAACUAUGUAAAAGAAUGUAUCCACAAUGAAGUGUGUGCUUUUAGUUGAGAAAUAAACACAUUUCAGUGAACUUUCAUGUGCUUUGAAAUAAGCAGCGUGCCCUAGUUUGGUUCUGUAAAUGAGUUGAAGUUAUAAAUGAGCAGAAAAAUCUCUUGUGGAAUCGUAAUGGUUUCUGCUGUGUUUCUACAGUGGGUUUUGAUUUUGCGAUUUAGUUCUGAUAUAGAAUCUUAGCUAUCCUAGACAUUCUUGAAGGCAUAUAGUUUUCAAAUUAGGCAGUUAGGUGGCUUCAAGUGACUGUUGAGAAAGAUUGUCAGGGGACUCUAGGUUGCCACCUAUGGAUACAAUAAUUCACCUCCCUCUUUGGAUCUCAGAUUUGUAUUUGUGUGUGGACAAACUCUGUGGUCUCUCUUCAGGCGUGAGCCCUUACAUCACACAGUUAACAAAACAGAGAAAACAGCUGAAAGCAUCCUAUGGAAAACACACAACUCUGGCUUUCUGCAUAAGUGUUGGGCUGGAAGAAGUCCUUUCUGUUUGAGUUUCUAAUAUAAAUAGGGUCCAUUAGUAAAAGCGAAAUUCAACUUUAAGUAGGGUGAAUUGGAUAAUCAUUUACACAUGAGAUGGCUUUUACCUUUGCUUGAAUAAAUGUUUGGAAUCAUCUCUGAGGAAUGAAAACCAGUAGUGACUUUUCAUCAGGAAGAGACACAAGACGUGGGUAACAUUUGGAAAUGUGUACGAGUGUAAAUGUUCUCAUGUUGUUAAAAGCUAAGAACAAAAAAAAAAAAAAUGGAGGGUGCUACUAAAGAUCUUAGAUGCCAAGAGAUAGAUUCAAGCCAAUCUGUAAAAUGAUAAUCCAUAAAUUACAUUUAAAAUUGAAAAAGUAGGACAAGAAUUUGAAAGUAAGCCGGUUUAUCUUUAGAAUGAUAUUGUGAAAGUGACUUUAAAUGUAACCAAUUCAGAUCAAAAAAGUUAUUUAUGGGAUCUGAUUACACAACUCGUGUUACUGCCUUCCAUUAACCAGUCUUAAAAUGCCUUUGUCAGAAUAAAAUUAACGGCAACUCUUUCGUAACAGGAGUGGGUGAGGAACGAUCCAUACGAAGGUGGGAUAUUUAUGGUUCUGAAAUGUUUGCUAUUAAGUAUUGGAAAUGCACAACUGCCAUCUCCUAAUAUUUUCUUACAAUGCUGUUUUUAGAAAAUGCUUAAAGAAAAAAAAACAUGGUAUUUUCAUUUACUCCAUUUCUAGGGCAUAAGACUUCACUAAAUACAAAUUCGCAAUCCAGAUUCCUAUAGUCUUCUUCUCCAGUAGUCUAGGGAUUGGUGUGCGAUUACUGUGCCCACCUGCCACUGUUUUUUUUUUUUUUUUUUUUUAAAGUCAAUAGACUUGAGAAGUAUUCAGACAUUUAGAUGGCUUCACAGAUAUAUUGCUAGUUCAGUCAUACAUUGGAGUUUGCAUAUUGUAAAUGUAAGUGUAUGUCAACACUAUUCUAAAUAGUUUAUGACUGAAGUUUAAUUAAAUAAAAGUUGUAAAAUGUGA